UGGGCGAGCGGAGCUCCGCGCAGCCGAGCCGCAGCCUCUGCUCGCCGGCUGCGGGAGGGCUCCUGCCUCCCACACUCUGCCCGGCCCCGGCGGUGAAGACAAGGGGGUGGGAGGGGGAAGACACCCCAUUGUUGCCGCGCAUCCACCAAGGGAACUUGCCCAACUUUCUCCAUCCCUGACACCCAGCCUCACUGCUAUGGCCCCCACCAAUUCCUCCCGCAACUUCUCCGCGCCGGAGGCUCGGAACGGCUCAGUAGCAGAGAAGUCAGCACCGUACACCAACGUCAUAAUGCCCAGUCUCUUCAGCAUCAUCUGUUUCCUGGGCAUUGUCGGAAACCUCAUUGUCAUCUACACUAUUGUCAAGAAGAAGAAGCUGAGAUGCAAACAGACUGUGCCCGACAUUUUCAUCUUCAACCUCUCCAUUGUGGACCUCCUCUUCCUCUUGGGCAUGCCUUUCCUCAUCCACCAGCUCCUAGGCAAUGGCUCCUGGUACUUUGGAGCUCCCCUAUGCACCAUCAUCACUGCCCUGGACACCAACAGUCAGAUCACCAGCACCAACAUCCUUACAGUGAUGACACUGGACCGUUACCUGGCGACUGUCUAUCCUCUAAAAUCUACCUACGUCCGGACCCCAUGUGUUGCAGCUCUAGUUAUCUGCUUGGUGUGGCUCCUCUCCUUCCUGACCAUCAUUCCUGUCUGGAUGUAUGCAGGUCUUAUGCCUCUGGAGGAUGGGACUGUCCGCUGUGCUCUCUUGCUUCCCAACCCAGAGACUGAUAUCUAUUGGUUCACCCUUUAUCAGUUCAUGCUGGCAUUCGCUGUGCCAUUGAUUGUGAUCUGUGUGGUCUAUUUUAAGAUUCUCCAGCACAUGGCCACCACUGUUGUCCCAUUGCCCCAAAGGAGCCUCCAGGUACGUACCAAGAAAGUCACCCGCAUGGCAGUUGCCAUCUGCUCUGCCUUUUUUAUUUGUUGGGCUCCCUUUUACAUCCUCCAACUGGUUCACCUUGGCAUUGACACACCAUCCAUGGCUUUCUUCUAUGCCUACAACUUUGCCAUUAGCUUGGGCUAUGCCAACAGUUGCCUCAACCCCUUCCUUUACAUUGCCCUCAGCGAGACCUUCAAGCGCCAGUUCUUAGUGGCCAUCCGCCCUGCCAAAGAGCCAUGUCGCAACAGCAGCUCUGUCAAUAACAACAGCACGACAGAGGCUAGUGUAUGUCUAAAACUGGCACCAGAAUCCACCCAGCAGACUCAGUUUCUGGAGGACUUUUCCCCACGUUCACUACCUGUGGCUGUUCACUAGGGUACUCUGAAGUGACCACAGCAAAAAGCCUUCAGAUCUAUAAAUCAACGGAGAAGCAGCUGCUUCAGGCAAUUCUUGGUGAAGCACAUGAACCACAAGCUUCCACCUCCAAGAAUCCAGGUGCCUCCCUUCCCAUUGCAGGGCUCUGCUCCUACGCUGCCCUUGGCCUACGAGAUACUGCGCACUGCUGCUUCCUUCCACUCCUGCACAAGAGGACUCUAUCACACAAGACACUGACCCCCACAAAAGGAUGGAUGGCAAAGGGAGAAAGGACACAGAGGACUUCAGGGGGGAAUGUUCACCCUGGAAGAGUAAAGCCUCUAUCAACAACACUGCCUAAUAAUUCCCCGUCUCUUGGCCGGACCAGGAUUCCUAAGCAGCAUGCUAAUAUAGACCUUCUUCAUUCAAGAUUUGAACCUCUGAAAGACAGUGUCAUAUAUUUAUUUUUGGUAAGAAAUCUGAGCUGCAAACUCUGAUGGCUGUGCUCAUAUCCCAGAAGCAAACAGCAGAGAAAGGUCUUGGGGCCACAAGUCUCACCUAGAUCUGACGCUUGGCCUUUUGGUCCAGCCCCAUGUGCCUCCAGUAGGCUGUAUGGUUUGGCAAGCAAAAUAUUUUCAAGAACUGGCUAAUUUUGAUGCUAAUCCUAAAUAUUUCAAGCAAAAUCAGGCAGAUAACAACUGCACUGCUUCAAGGGACUGCAAACAAUUCUCAAAACUACUGCUGCUAACACCAGCUUUGUGGCUUUUCAUGCCAAUGAGCUGAUUUUCACACUGCUUGUUCCUCAUGCUGCUUGUUCCUUGCAGUCUGCACGGCCAUUGGGGAACCCCGGGCAGAGGGUUUUAAACAGGACUAAAAAACAAUAUGCAGAGAUCCGUGGAGCGAGAAGAUGUGAAAAGGCAGCUCAGAGGAAUCAGAGUUGCUUAUGCAGCUUCCUCAAAAUAACAAACGCUUUACAAAGUUAAAAGAGAAAAAAUUAAAUGUCUGUGGCUUGUACGUGCGGCUUUAACAGUCACAGAUUAGGAAGCAAAAUUUGCUCAUUACAAAGAGUAGAGAAAAGACAGCACAGAUCAGCUAAAUGCGGGGGAUUACACUGAUAGCCUGUGCAGGGCUCCCAGGGGACCGUGCAGGCAUUGUUCAACACUUUGUCAAACAUGGAGGAGCCGGUUACUGUAGAUGAAUUUAAUAUAAAGAGGAAUUAAAGGCAUCAAAACAGCACAAAAGAAUUUGUUACCGCGCUUACGGUUUCGUGCCACCAGCCACCCACGAUAAACCCAGAAUAGAAAUUCACCCUUACACGACUACACACCAAAACUGUGUCACCUGCACAGGACUUCCCAAGCCACAGGCACACUUACAGGCACACCUAAAGCUCACACACACACCACAGUCAGGGCUGUUUUUAAGUACAGCCAAUACUUCAGCCUACACUCUGCAGGGAACACACAGCCAUUCACUCACCUCCGGCGAUCAAAGCAGGCUGGUGCGCAACACCAGCACUUUUGACAUCAUCAGUUGCAGCGUGUUGCUUUUCGAGUCAUUGAAUUGACCUCGUAACAGGGGCUCUCUGUAUUUUCAUUCUGCCAACCUGCACCCACCGCGACAGCACAUCCACACCACGGCUGCACUGGAUCUUGUCGGGUUUUUUGCCUGCGUUUCCCUGGGCAGUAGAGCCAGACAGACACAUAUGGAACUUUCAAGCUUUAUGACUUUAAAAAAAAACAAAAAACAACUUUGCCCCACUUUAACUGCCAGGAGUUUUUCACCUGUGCUGGUUUUCACGGAGCUGCUUUGCUCUUUGGUCCGUACUCUCCCCAAAGGGCUCGUGACCGAAGGUCGAGGAAGACCUGUGUCUGUGCCAAGCCAGACUUGCUCUCAUGACAAGGGAAGCUAUUGUGUUGCCUUUCUCCCAUAAGGAAGUUAAGGGGAGGACUGGCACACGCUUUCCUGUGAAAGCAGGUGGUAAUGGCUGGGUGGGAUUUUUUCCUCCUUUAAUAGCAGCAAUGAGGAAAGUAUGAGAGAAGUGAAAACAGGCUGAAUUGUCAGGGUGCUCAGAGAGCAGCCCAUUGAAGAUGUUAUCUUGCUUACAGUAAAGGUGUUUAUGGUUGAA